CAAUUUUUUGGUUUUAAAUUACUUAACCUUAUUUCGAAGUAUUUAGGGUAUAAAGUGAAUUACAUUUUUUAUCAAUUAUAUACGUACACAUGCGGAAAAUAAUUAGACUAAGGAAGCACUUAAAUGUGCAAGAUGCUGAAAUUAAUAGGAACAAGUUCUAUUUACUUGUGUAUUUAUAAAAUAAAGGAAAAAUGAAAGGAGAUAUUUUUUUAUAGAUAUUUAUUAAAGAAGAAAAGAAGAGAUCAGAAAAAGAAAGUUACGUGACCCACUUUUAUAUUUUCUACAGCUGCAUCAGUCUAGAAUCAGCUGAGUUGACAGCAUUAUCGUGUGUGCGCGUCUGCGGAGGAAGACGUUGCAUUCUCAGCGUUCUCCGACGAGAUGCAUUUAUCUGUCGUUCGCAUCCGCGAACACGCAUCAAAAACGACUCGAAACGCAAGUUAAAUAGCCCACCUAGAAAUACGUAGAUUACACGUCGCCUCUAAUUGACUAUACAUAAUGGAUAACGUGCGCUCGCCGAUGGAUAACCUGCUCACCAUGUUGUCGAACUUCAGCGCGGGUCACGAGAAGGGUUUGAAGCAAGGGAUCUACAAUGCCGUUGCACUCUUCUUGCUGUUCCUGGUCCUGGCAGCAGGAUAUGGUCUCUACUUCAUACUGAGUCCCUUUCUCAAGCCCCUGAUUUGGGCCCUACUAUGUGGCUCAGUUCUGUUCCCAUUCAAGUAUUCAUUGGCCACAACAGUACAGUCAUGGUUCACCAAUGUGGAAACGUCGCACACUCCUUUGGUUGUCAACAUCAGCCUACUACCUGUGCAUAUAUUCGACAAUGUCUCUGAACGCUUGGGUUCUUUCCUAUGGACAAAUAUCAAAUAUAUUAUUGGGGUGCUUCUGUUACUGUUGGUGAUUUUAGGCACAUAUUAUUACAUCCCUCUUGUAAUGACAUGUCUGGACUGUAGGAUAUUUCGCAUGUUUGCAGCUGUCUCAGAGUUCUUCAUUAUGACAUGCAAUAUUUAUACGGUCUCCACGGUGCUCAUCGGAUAUCUGACGAUUCUAUACGUCUACUGGACACCUGCGAACUCCGUUCGAUUCUGCUACACGUCCUUCGUGAUAUGGCUCAUCAUCAGCAUGUACUUGUCCAGUGGAGCGGGCGUUUAUCGAGUCUACGCGUUCGUCGUUCUCCAAAUCUUCUACGUCAUAGGAUUCAUUUACGAGGUGUUGUCAAUCAUGGAGAAUCAAGUGCUGGACAACGACAAACACUUGACGUUCUCAGAAGCCGCGCGCUUAGCUCUGUUAAACAAUCUGUCGGCGAGUCCGCAGGAGGAUAAAGCACUCACGUUGGAGAGUGAAAAGCGUACGAAUGAUAUUCCAGAGGAAGAGGACGACGUUUCUUUCGGAGAAGAAGCGAAAAAAUUAGAGCCCGUCGACGCGACGAGAAAGGACAGCAUCACUCCUACCAUAACGAAGCUUGGCUUAAAGUCCAUGUCUCUGGACACGGACGCUGCCGGCUUGUCGUCCACUGGCAAAUUGGCACGUAAACUUUGGCCCGGGUAUAACGUAUACUUCACGUCACCGCGUGACCGUUAUCUGUUGGGCAAGUUGAAGGCCGAGUUUCGAGUGUCGAUGGACAUUGAGGACGACAAGGUCGACACCGACAAGUACAUGUACGCCGCGCUAUACGCGUGCAUCGGUAUGCUCCUGUGGAAACAUCUGUGGAUCAUGCACAUUUUGGUGAUCCCGGUGGCUUACUACAUCAUUAAGCAGCUGGGCGGUUACUUUGGCUUCUGGGAUACGAUACGCAGGCACUGCGACGCGAUGAUGCGAACGGUCAAGUCGUGGUGUCUGGAACGACAUCAGGCGCUUUUACCUUCCAACAUCAGGGGUCUUUACAAGAUGCUCGUCAUCGUGGACGAAAAAGUCAGAGGGGCUCUGAAGGGCUCCGUCGACUCCGUGGCGACUAUCGCUGUGAUACUUGGACUCAUCGUCUUCACCACUUGCGCGUCCAUUUUCAUUACCGUACAGGUCUACGCAGAAGGUUUGCAUCUGAUCGAGGUAUCGGGUGAGAUUUUGAACUCUUUCAUGAACAACUCCGAUAUCGACUGGGUACCGGAGAAGUGGGAAGAGUCCGUCAAUAGCGUCUUGGACAACGCUUACACCUACGGACGAACCGCUAUAUCAGAUGGCAUUCGACGUCUAAUGAUCGAUCUCGAGCCAGCUAAGGCUGAGCAGAUGGAGAAAAAGGUCUUAGAACUCUGGGACCGUCUCUACCAAGCGUGGAUGAUGAGCGAAGACAACAAUAUCAUUGGUCCUACCGUGGACAUCACAUCCGCAUAUAACGCUUGGGAAAGCCUGAAGGAGGGCUUCGAGAAGACGCCUCUCCAGAUGUUCAACAUGACCGGUAUACAGAAUUUCAUCAAGGAGAACAUCGGUAUCUUGAUGUCAGUGCUCGAUUCCGUCUGGAGCAUCGUCAGGGGCAACAUGUCUAUCAUUCUCACAAUUUUCACGGAGUUGUUCUAUGUCGUGCUCAUGAGCGGGUCGGCAGUACUGAACUUCGUACUCAGUACGGUGGUAUUUUUCACGACUCUGUUCUAUCUGCUCAGCUCCAGCGGUAAAACUUACAAGCCCAUCGAAUUGACAACGUCGUACAGCCCUAUUAGUUGUCACAGGUUCGCCAUGGCAUUACAGGAGGCAGUGAUUGAGGUGUUUGCGGCCACCUUCAAACUCGCCUCCUUCUUUGGCAUGUGGACGUGGUUGAUACACAACUUGUUCCAAGUGAAGAUCGUCUACUUACCGUCGGUCUUCGCGACUAUGCUGGGCGCGGUACCCUUCUUGGAUGCGUACAUCGCCUGCAUUCCGGCUACUGUGGAACUCUGGUUCACUCGCGGCUCAAUGAUCGCCAUCUCUUUCUUCCUUUUCCACUUUCUGCCAUGUAACAUUGUGGUGACAGAAUUUUACAAGGAAAUUAAAGGUGGUGGACAUCCUUAUUUAACGGGUUUGUCGAUAGCGGGUGGAAUUUUCUGCUUAGGCGUAGAAGGAGCAAUAUUCGGUCCUUUAUUGCUCUGCUGCAUUAUGGUCGCCAUCAACAUGAGUCGACGUUACCUACACUCGCCAUCAUCCGCAAUGGAGAAUAGAACGGUGUAUCUGGAUACGCCAUAAAAUAUACGAAUCGAUAUAACGUUACGCUUAUUCGCUAAUAAGACUAAUACUUUAGUUGUGUAACAUUGCGAGCUAUUAGCUCCGGCUUUCUCAUUGUAUAAUGAACGCUGCAUCGACAUGCAGCGAGCACACGAACGCACGACAGUGCGUGUAACUCGCGCUUUAUAUAUUUCUAUGUGAUGAGAUGCGCGCAAUGUGACUGUACGAUUUACUCGUAUCUAACUUCAGCUUACGCUUAUUAAAUUUAAAGAUAUUUAUAUUAUAUAUGGUGCGUGUGCGCGUAUAUUUGAAAUAAUAUAUUUUUUAUUUAUAAGCGUUUUCUCUCUUAAAUGAAACGUCCUAUUUCCUUUUUUUUUUUAUGAAUCUGAAAUCAAGCAACUGAGAUUAUCUUCCGUGAUCUUUGUAUCUCUCGUGCAAGAGAUAUAUUUUUUUAUACUUAUUUUUAGUUACCAAUCAUUAUAUGGAAUAUUAUUUUAUGUAUCGACAGUGAUACGUGUUUUAUCGCAGUAUAUUGUUUCAGUUUAUGUGUAUAAUUGUUAUAUUGGUUACCAAUAUUGGUUUGUGUAUGUAGGAACAAAUUGUACCACGUCGACUAACUUCAUAGAUCUAACAUGUUAUUUUUUACGUCAAAAACAAAGGUGUACGGCCAAAGAUUAUAAUAAUAAAUUUCUCAACGUUUCGUUGCGUGUGUUAAACCUCAAA